AUGACAACACCUUAUCCUGAAGAUGAUUUUAGCAGAGAUUCAGGUUUUGCUUAUGAAGAUUCUAGAGACAGCCUAUAUUUUCAAUGUAUGACAACAGAGAUUACCACAUCAGAAACUAUUUCUAUUGAAUCAGAUUCUACAGAUCCUAUCGAUAUUGAUAUUUACCAAAAUAAUUCUACUGCAAAUACUAAAAAAAAUUAUAGUAAAGGAUUAACGGAUGUAACAAACAAUUACAAUAAUCUUCAAAAUUGUAUUCAUUUAAGUAACAAAACAGAUUUAAAAACAUUUAGUUGUCAGGUUAAUAGAAAACGAGCUUUUGAAACAUCGUUCAUCAACGAUGACUCUAUACCUCGACGAAAACGUAUAGAUAUUUCUUUUGAAAAUGAUACAUCUUUUAAUGAAUCUCCAAAAGCAAGGAUAAGUAAAACAAAAAGUACAAGUUUUAUUCCUAAAAGGAAAGCUGCAUUUAGUGCAUUUACCUCAUCAUUAUCAAUAGGUUGUCUUAGCGAAGCUCACACUUCAGAAAAUUAUUAUAAUGAAGAUUUUGUAUAUUCAUUACCUUUAGUUGAAAGACCACAAAAACCAUCAUCUGCUUAUGGAAGUAUAUCUGGAGAAACUUUAGUUAACCUAAUGACUAAACUUGGAAAUGAUUUUCAAGAAAAAUAUAUAUUAAUUGAUUGUAGAUAUCCAUACGAAUAUGAGGGAGGACAUGUUAGUGGUGCAAUGAAUUUUUAUACUCCUGAAAAAAUUGAUAAUAUGUUUUUUCCGGAAGAUGAAUGUUUGGCAAAAUGUAUAAAAAAUAAAGUUCCAAUAUUUUAUUGUGAAUUUUCUCAGAAACGUGGUCCUGGUAUGGCUGAUGCACUUCGUGCUGCUGAUAGAAUAAGGAAUAGAUAUCCAACUGUUUCAUAUAGAGAAAUAUAUGUUCUUGAUCGAGGAUAUAAAAAAUUUUUUACAGAAGAUAAAUUUUUUGAUUAUUGUAAUCCAGUUUCAUACAUUCCAAUGUUACAUCCUGAUUAUAAUAGUGAACUUGAAAAAUAUAAACAUAUCCAUAAAUCUAAAACAGGAAAAGACCGAAGAGAAAGAUCUAUAAAAUUAAGGACUGUCCGAAGUUCUGGUACCAAACGUGUUCUUCAAUUUAAUACAGAAAGAGAAAAAAAGCUUGAAAUGUUAUUAGAAAUUCCAUCAUUACCAUCAUCGAAUACAAUUUCUGAUAUUUUUAGUGAAGAUAGCAAUUUUUCGCAGGACAUUAAUUCAUAUUGUAGUGAUAAAUAG